AUGAAGACGUUUCAAGAUUUCGAUGUUGAUGAUCCCAAGGUGGAGGAAAGAAGAAGUCUUCUUCCUAAAACCAUUAGACGAGUUGAGAACGUGAAGGUUAUUAGAGUUCCCUCGAAAUGGCCAGGCCUUACUAUUGCUACCAUUUUGUUUGUCUGGUGGACAUGGGUUGUCAUAUCAGAUUUAGUUUGGUCUGAGGAACCAAUAUCUGAUAUUCGUGGGAACAAGUACUAUGAGUUUGAUGAGAUAAUACCGAGUGAAAAACUUAAAUGGUACCCAUGUUUUGACGUUCCUGGAUCGAGGUUCAAAUGUGCAAGACUCACAGUUCCUAUGGACUAUCAUCGGCCUCUUAAUGAAUCGGAUGAUAACCCUAAAGUACAUAUUGCGUUAAUUCUAAUACCUGGGAACCAUACCGGAGAUAAAUUCUCUGAAUCGCCGUGGCCCGGAGGCUCUGGUACAUUGUUUGGUUUAGCAGCUGGAUCGUUGAUUCAAAAUAUUGUUGGUGGCGAUCAAGAUGUGAUUGGAUUUGAUCCUCGAGGUAUUGGAGCAACGACACCACGAGCCGAUUGUUUCUCGUAUGGAGGGACAUACGAUGGAGUGGGAGAUGAUCAGGCACGAGGAGAUUACCACAGGCUACUCUUCAACACCGCGGGCCAAGCAAUCGGUCUGGCUAAUACGAGUUCAACAGCAUUGAGACAUCUUAACGCACGUGCAAAAGCUAUGGCAAAAUUGUGCGCGGAGAAGGAUUCUCUGAGUGGACAAACCAGUAUUUUUCGACAUGCGGGAACACCAAGUGUUGCAAGAGAUAUGAUUAGUAUCAUAGAUGCGUGGGAUGAUUGGACCUCGAGUAUAAAAGAAGAAUCGGCAUACUCUGAUAUUGCCGAUACUGAUCUUCCUAAUGAAAGAGAGCCAGAAAAUGAAUUCGAAGAUGCAUAUCUAGAAACAAAGGGUAAAUUAGUGUAUUGGGGUUUCAGUUACGGGACACUUCUUGGAUCUACCUUCGCAGCAAUGUUCCCGGAUAGAGUAGGCCGACUUGUCCUGGAUGGUGUUGUCGAUGCUGAUCAUUAUGUUGCUCCUAUUUGGCUCGAGAGUCAACGAGAUGCGGACAAGGUGUGGUCGUCUUUUUUCAAAUACUGCCACGAGGCGAAGUCUGCGUGUCAAUUCUACAGGGAGAAUGACAAGGUAAAAGAUAUCGAGGAGAGGUUUGAGUCUUUUAUGGAGAGACUGAAAGAGAACCCGAUACCUGUUGUUUCAAAGGACAUCCUAGCACCCUUUCUCGUGACCUAUUCAGACGUCAAAUAUCAAAUUUUCCUGACGCUCUACGCUCCCCUGUACGGUUUCCGAGCUGCCGCUGAAUUGCUUGAUGCCCUGGAACGCAAUCUCGAAGGUUGGUUUGAGCUUGUUCCAACACCUCCGUCGUACGAUCUCGAGCUCGUUUGUAACCAUUCUCUGCCAAAGUGGAGUUAUUACGAUGAUGCGCAAAGAGUCAUUCUUUGCAGUGACAAGAAGUACCCACUCAACCACACAUACUCUGAGAUUGAGAGCAUGUUCGAAGACAUGGAAGCCCAAUCAGUAUUUGCGGAUGCAUGGAUGUCGCUCAUGAUACAAUGUUCUGGAUAUGAUAUCCAAAGUAUUGAUCCCCCCAUGCGAUGGGAUGACCAUCCAGCACAUAGGCAGAAGCCAAUCAAAACUGCAUUUCCACUGCUUUAUAUUAGCAACAGGGCAGACCCUGUUACACCAUUAUUCGCAGGAGUAAAGAUGGCCACAAAGUUCGUGGACGCGGGCUUCUUUGAACAAGAAUCCGAAGGACAUUGCACUAUAGCUGUGAAAUCCAGAUGUACCAUUGAGAAAGUCAGGGCGUACUUUCGUGAGGGAAAAGUGCCCGAUGCUCCUAGGUUCAGAGGAGAGGGAUCAGAUUUGCUUGAUGAGGAGUGGGAAAAGUGCCCCGCCGAUGAAUGGCCAUGGCACGAAUAUCAACCAAGUGCUCUUGUAGCAAACGAGGUAGAGGCAGCAGAAUUGGAGCGAUUAGAUGCAUGGGGUGGUAUCCGGGACGCUUUUACCCAAAUUGAUCUUUGGGGUGCGAGGGAGUUCAGAAGAUUUGGCAUUGCCUUGUGA